AUGGCUGCUGCAAAGGAAUACGGUCUUCUCUGCCUCGAGAACCCUCUUCUCGAUAUCCAAGCUGUUGGCGACCAGGCCCUUCUCGACAAGUAUGGACUCAAGGCCAAUGAUGCCAUCCUGGCCGAGGAGCAGCACCUCCCUCUGUACGAGGAUCUGCUCAACAACUUCGAUGCCAAGCUGAUUGCUGGUGGUGCCGCCCAAAACUCUGCCCGUGGUGCCCAGUACAUCCUGCCCCCCAACAGCGUCGUCUACCUCGGCGGUGCUGGCGAUGACAAGUACUCCGCCAUCAUGAAGGAUGCCGUCGACGCUGCUGGCCUUCGCGUCGAGUACCGCGUCGACCCCGACAAGAAGACUGGUCGUUGCGGUGUUGUCAUCACCGGCCACAACCGAAGCUUGUGCACUGAUCUCGGCGCCGCCAACCACUACGAUCUCGACCACUUGAAGAAGCCUGAGAUCUGGAAGCUCGUUGAGAAUGCCGAUGUGUACUACAUUGGUGGUUACCACUUCACAGUCUGCCCUCCCGCCAUUAUGGAGCUCGCGAAGCAGGCUGCCGAGAAUAACAAGAUCUUUGUUUUGUCUCUCUCUGCUCCCUUCAUCCCCCAGUUCUUCAAGGACCCCGUCGACGCCUCCGCCCCUUACUGGGACUACGUCAUUGGCAAUGAGACCGAGGCCGCUGCUUACGCCGAAUCGCACGACCUGCCUUCCAAGGAGCCCAAGGACGUUUGCAAGCACCUCGCCAACCUGCCCAAGGAGAACGGCAAGAGAAAGCGAAUUGCCAUUGUCACACAAGGCACCGAGCCUACCCUCGUUGCCGUCCAGGGCGAGGACGCCGUUAAGGAAUUCCCUGUCCACGCCAUCACCAAGGAGCAGAUCAAUGAUACCAACGGCGCUGGCGAUGCCUUUGCUGGCGGUCUGUUGGCCGGUAUCAUGCAGGGCAAGGACCUUGCUACUUCUAUCGACAUGGGUCAGUGGCUCGCCAGACUGAGCAUUCAGGAACUUGGACCUUCGUAA